CGCCAUUAGAAAAAGGACUUCCAAAGCGUAUCAUACAAUCCUUGCACCAUCGGCAAUCAGGCGGUAACAAUGUUACUCAUUGUGGCCACCGUUUCUAUUUUUCUCUCUGUAUCUCCAGUUCAUGGCUGUACCAUGGCCAACUGGUGGGCGAGCUUUGACAAAGCUGGUUAUUCAUCAUGCGGUAAUCUGAAUGAUUAUAUUAAUGGACUUAACAGAAACAAGAAUCAUGGAAAUAAUGAUGGAAUUCACCUGAUUGAAGAGGCAAGGUGUUGUCCCCGUCCUCAACCAUACUAUAACCAACCUACUCAAUGCGUUGCUGCUGAUUGGGCCAAUAGUUUCGACAGAGACAACACUUGGAACAACUGUCCUCAAGGAAUGUUCUUGCAAGGACUCUAUAGGAGCGGCGAUUCCAAGCUGUUCAACAUCGAGUACGGUCGGUGCUGCAAACCCGCUAGCCACCCCUACUGGUAUGGUCAUUGCUAUCAACAGAAUGUAGCAGCAAGUUUUGACAAUCAAGGGACAAGCAAGUGUAGAGAUGGGUACUUUCUGACUGGUCUGUACCGUGGAAAUUGUGACAAACUGUACUGUAUUGAGCAUUUCAGAUGCUGUAAGAUGUAUCCAAGUCCUCCACCACUUUCAUCUUUGUCUGAUGUCAAAACACGUGUCAUGGAUGUAACGGUAAGAAAUCUUGCUCUACUUGCUCAUUACCUUGGCUACGGCUGGUGCGCUGGAUGUAGAGCCCAAUACGUCGGUGAAGACUUCAGAAGAAACGGGGACAGCUGGGAGGCCGACAAAAAGGGACCGUGCAACGGCUACAAGGCUGACCACCGAUUGAAAAUGCACUAUGGCGACUUUAAGUUUUCCAUCAAGGACAUUAAAUAUGGCAGCCCAUUGAUUCAAACACUACAGCCAGAGACAUUCGACCAGGGACGAGUGUCUAAUGCAGAUCCAACCCCAUUGAAACACAGAAUUGAGAGAGAGAUACGAAGUGUCMGAACAGUUACCCAUACAACUACUAGCUCAUGGAAGGCAGCUCAUGAGCUUGGGAUCGAGAUUUCCUACGCUCCACCCGGUGCUACAGGAGGAGUUGGUGGGAAAUUCAACUAUAAGUUCAACUACGRGACCUCACAGACCAACACAGACUCUACCGCCAAUCAACAAUACAACAGCAUCAAGAUCCUAUCAGAGAAGACUCUUGACCCAAACACCGCAGCUAACUACAAGAUAAUGCUGUCUAAGAGUCGAACAACGGUUCCUUAUACUGCUACUAUCAUCGCUCACUUCUCUGCUGAACUUGACGGAUUUCUGAGAUGGGGCGGAGGAUAUAACGGAGAUUCAACGAACUACCAUUAUCAGCACCGAGGAAGCGGCUCCAGGCCCACCUUUAAGUACCGCUUUGGGUCAUCGAGUAAACCAUUCUACCAGGCUCUCAAAGAAGAAAGUGAUCGAAAUGUCCGCCCUUGGGAAUGGUCUAAUGUAAAAUCUAAAUACUCCUCCGCGCAAGGGAUCAUCAAUUCUUUAUCGAAUGAGGGUGUGUACGAGUUCACUUUAACUGGCCAGUUUGAAGAUGUCAUUGGUCAGUAUGCUGAUGUGCAGUGGAAGACGGAACCCCUCACGGGAAAGCGCUCACUAUUCGAAAGGCUUGUUACUUCUAAUGACGUGCUCGAAUCGACCACCAAUGAGAAUCCACCUAGACUGCACCCCAGUCCUCCAAAGGUGACUAUUGAGACAGGAAAGAUGAAUGAAAAGGAACCCCAAGAAAAGAAUACCUUCUAGAUAGUUCCUAACUCGGUUUACCUACUUUAAUUUGUCAAUGAAUAUAUUCUAAGGCAAUGCGUAUAAUGACUCAAUAAAAAUAUAAUCUAUGUAAUCAUA